AUGGGAGCUCAGGGCUGCAUAGCUGAGGAUUGGGCGUUCGAUGAUCCCGGCCCCGAACGUAAAGGGGGCGCCCAGGCGCUCUACGUCGCCAGGGGCGCCAGCGUGGGGCGGCAGGGGGGCGCCCAGGCGCUCUACGUCGCCAGGGGCGCCGGCAACGCGGGCUCCGUGGCGCACGAGCUGCUCCAUGCGCUCGGUUUCGGACACGAGCACAACCGACCAGACCGCGACGUGUACGUGACGGUUCACUUUUCCAACAUCCGCCCUCAAUACUGGCCCUAUCCGGACGACGGGUUCGAGAACGACACGUUGCCGUACGAUUACACGAGCAUCCUGCACGCGACGUCGCAAGUGCGACCCGACGUCGUUAUCGACGUAACCAAGCCAGCCAUCACCAGGAACGACGGCUUGACUGGUAGUUAA